AAUCAAUCAACCACAAUGUGACCCUACAGGCAGAAAAAACAGCACUCCCACCAGCAAGACAUGGGGGGAUGGAAAGCACAUGUAACCAGGGCAAUGUUGCAUCAUAUGCUUAUGCUGGCUUUUUAAAACAAUCCUCACUUUGUUUUUUUGGGGUUUUUUUUAUACAUAUGCUAUUUUUUUUCUCUGUUCACAUUAAGCUAUCAGGAUCUAUGAAAAAAAUGUGCUAACUCGUAAAGGUUCAAGAAAAAAAGAAGUCGUACGUAAUAACUGCUGAAAAAUACGAAAUCUUUUUUUUUUCUCCCAAAAUGUAAUGUAAACGCUUCUGCUGAUUCACAAUUAUGAGGACGCAGAUUUAAAGAUCAACCGGUGUUUUUGGAGAAGAUCGAGUUUCAAAAUUUGGGCUUUUAAAAAAAAAAAAAAUCCAGGAUCUCCGAAAGAAGAGUUACUAUGUACAUCAAGUGAGAAAAAAGACAGAAAAGUCAUUGUGUGACAGUGUUUCCUGCAACUUGAGGCUUUUUAAUCAACUGCUCCUUGAACUACAAGCUGUGCUUUCUUAUCCACGUUGAGUGUGAGGUGACUAAUCCGUGGAAACUGGCUUGGAAUAAGUACCAAGGAAUAAAACAGAAAAACGGGGAUCGGUUCCCUUCACCCCCGAUAGUGGGGAUAUCACUUCCUGUGGACCUCAUCAUUUGAGGUUGGGCUAAGAUGAGCAUAACCAGUGAUGAAGUGAAUUUCUUGGUGUAUCGUUAUCUCCAGGAAUCAGGUUUCUCUCACUCAGCCUUCACAUUCGGAAUUGAAAGUCACAUCAGCCAGUCCAACAUUAAUGGGACACUAGUGCCCCCUGCUGCCCUCAUCUCCAUUCUGCAGAAAGGUUUACAGUAUGUGGAGGCAGAGAUCAGCAUUAAUGAAGAUGGAACAGUCUUUGAUGGCCGUCCAAUAGAAUCAUUAUCCUUGAUUGAUGCUGUAAUGCCGGAUGUUGUACAGACUCGACAACAGGCCUUCAGAGAAAAGUUAGCUCAACAACAAGCUGCUGCAGCUGGAGCCGCAUCCAGUGUAGCCCCAGUCAACACCUCCUCAACAACUUCAGCAACACAACAGAAUACACCAAAGAAUGGAUCAGCCACGGUGAACGGUGAAGAAAAUGGGGCACAUGCAAUAAAUAACCAUGCAGAACCAAUGGAAAUUGAUGGAGAUGUGGAAAUUCCACCUAACAAAGCAACAGUGCUUCGCGGCCAUGAAUCAGAAGUUUUCAUUUGUGCCUGGAAUCCUGUUAGUGAUCUCCUAGCAUCGGGGUCAGGAGAUUCUACAGCAAGAAUAUGGAAUUUGAAUGAAAACAGCAGCGGCAAUUCUACACAGCUAGUUCUAAGGCACUGUAUACGAGAAGGAGGGCAAGAUGUUCCAAGCAACAAAGAUGUGACUUCUUUGGACUGGAAUACCGAUGGCACGCUCUUAGCUACAGGAUCAUAUGACGGCUUUGCAAGGAUUUGGACGCAGGAUGGUAACCUUGCAAGUACUCUCGGCCAACAUAAAGGUCCCAUAUUUGCACUGAAGUGGAACAAAAAGGGGAACUACAUACUGAGUGCGGGGGUUGAUAAGACGACAAUAAUUUGGGACGCUCAUACAGGAGAAGCAAAGCAACAGUUCCCCUUUCAUUCAGCUCCAGCUCUAGAUGUGGAUUGGCAAAAUAACACCACGUUUGCCUCUUGUAGUACUGACAUGUGUAUACAUGUGUGCAGACUUGGCUGCGACCGACCUGUCAAAACUUUUCAAGGACACACAAAUGAAGUUAAUGCAAUCAAAUGGGACCCAUCAGGGAUGCUCCUAGCUUCAUGCUCGGAUGAUAUGACAUUGAAGAUUUGGAGUAUGAAACAAGAUGUGUGUGUACAUGACCUACAGGCCCACAACAAAGAAAUCUACACAAUCAAAUGGAGUCCAACAGGACCAGGCACCAGCAAUCCAAACGCAAACAUCAUGUUAGCCAGCGCUUCUUUUGAUUCGACAGUCCGGUUAUGGGAUGUUGAGCGUGGCGUUUGCAUUCACACGUUAACCAAGCAUCAUGAACCUGUGUAUAGUGUAGCUUUUAGUCCUGAUGGAAAGUACCUGGCCAGUGGCUCAUUUGAUAAAUGUGUCCAUGUAUGGAACACCCAGAGUGGAUCGCUAGUACACAGCUACAGAGGAACAGGGGGGAUUUUUGAAGUUUGCUGGAAUGCCAGGGGUGAUAAAGUGGGAGCGAGUGCAUCGGAUGGAUCAGUGUGUGUUCUGGAUCUGCGGAAAUAAUGCUAAAUUAUCACGUGAGUUCAAAUGGACCAGCAGAAAAUGUGCACUGUUUGGAACAACAGAUUCCAUUAUUGUACGAACUUGACAAAGUCCGAGUGUACAACUCAAGCAAACCUCUCUACAUGCAGAAUCCUUCAGGACAUCCACAACCUGCAUGGAUCCAUUUCAACAGAUAGCUCUUUGGAGUGAUCGGUCUCCGCUUUGAGGCCAGUUUCAGCCUGUUUGUGAUUCCCAGAGGUGUUUGGUUUAAGAACAGUGCCAAAAAUAGUAAGGAGAUAAGCAAGAUAAGGCUGCGAUAAACCAAAAGGGAAAGCAAACCUGUUUUAUUUUGCCUUCAAAUGUGGACACUACAAAUGUAUUCCCAAAGGACCUGCAAACAAAGACCAGUUUUUAACAAUUAAUCCAUGUGAUUUUGUAAUCACACUUUCUAUUUUGUAGAGCAUUUUUGUUUUGCUUAUAGUCAAUGGUUCACUUGUCUUCUACCAGCUCAGCCUAUUGGGCAGAAGAAGACCGCAGAGAUAUCCAAGGAACUAACUUUAAGUGCAGCUUUUCUUUUAUCCACAAUCAAUGUUGACGCGCUGGCUUAUAACUGAAGAAAUGCUAGCUUGACCCGCAUCGUCCCAGGCCCCCCUUUUUUUUAUCUAGACACACUUUUAGCUCUUAUCUUGAUAAGCUCUCAACAUCAGUAACGGAUUGACCAACAACACACUUCUUAGGAUCUCAUGCACUGAGGUCCGCGUCUUCUCCACAGCUUACUUUACAAGGUCACCUUGAUGAGAGUGUCGUACACUUUUUUUAAGAAUGCAGAAACAGGAAAGCUUUUUACAUGAAAGAUGAACUUUUACAAGAAAGAGCCCACUGUAUUUUUGAAAAAGAAAAAGAAAAAAUAUUUUUAUGUUAAAAGCUUAAUUCUAAAAUGAGAAAAAAUGCAAAUGUUGGGUUUGUCUAAGUCAUGCAAAAAAAAAAAGUUAAAAUGCAGAGUAAAUUAAAGACUCAGUACCCAUUUUGA